AUGACCAGUUUCCGACUGAGAGAAAAUUUCCGAAAGGGUCGAAAGAAUGCGGCGCGCUCCUCCGCUCAGAGAGCUUCUGGCCAUGACCCAGCCCUUCCCCAUCAAAGGGAGAACAGCAGGAGCCAGCAAGGUCGACAGAGCACAGCCCCGCUGCCACGAAGCCGCCAUGACGCAUUGGAUGGCGGGGAAACUGGAACAGGGCUGACUCCGAGUGGUACAACCACCUUGCCGACGACCGCCAUCUGUAUCGUUCAGUCCCAUGAAGACGAAGAUCUCUCGCGAUCCGCUCUGGCAACUUUCUAUCGAGAGAAGAUCAAUGAGAAGAUCAAUAACGCGCCUCCAUCAGGUCCGUUGAGCCGUUGGACGUAUGUCGGAACAACGGCGUCCAACCUCGCACACUUGGUGCACAGUCGGACCACCCGUCCGGAGUGCUUGCAUUAUCCUUUCCCAAACUACCGAGCCACACUUCCAUGGAAACCGUUUACGUCGUCCUCGAGCACCCACGCUGUCCCAGUGAAUCGAGGUCAAGACAGCAGCGCUGCUCACGCUCCUCCCCAAUGGACUUUUGCCCCGCCAUCGGACCCCGACCUUGCCGUGUUGCCAGUUAGUGAAAUCCGAGCAGAGCUCAUCAACGCGUACUUUGAGCACAUUCACCCUGGGUUCCCAAUAAUUCAAGAAUCAGACUUUAGGAAUCGCCUGGAACAAGGAAUCAGCAAUGUAGGUAGCCCGGCCAAUGGCAACGUGCUCAAACAAGAGCCUCCAGCUCUACUUUUGAUACAGUGUGUCUUACUGGCCGGUGUCCACGUGUCCAUGCAUCCCCGCGUUCGGCACGUAAGGGCUUCGAUCAAGCAGGCUUUGUAUCGCCGUGUGCGUACAUUGUUUGACAUGCACCAUGAGAACGAUCGUCUCAACCUAAUACAAGCCGCUUUGAUCCUGACCUGGCAUGUCGAUUCUGCAGAUGAUAUCUCCGCCAACGGAUGGUACUGGUCAGGAGUUGCAAGCCGUAUCGCUCUUGGCUUGGGCCUACAUCGACGGAUGGCGUCCGUGGAAAUGUCGAUUCGUGAUCAACGGCGUCUACGGACUUUAUGGUGGAUGGUGGCUCAAACCGAGAUUAUGUUUGCUUUCAGCCAUGGUCGCCCAGUGAGCUUUGAUCUGGAUGACUGUGACCAAGCAAUGCUCACCAAAAAGGAUCUUCAAGAGGAGUAUUUCGACUCUGAGACUGGCACUUCUCACGAGGCCUGUACCGCUGACGUUGACUUCUGCUUGGCGAAUACUUCCCUUUGCUUUCUAAUCUGGGAGAUCUUGAAGCUUCACUCCCCUGGGUGGAAGAGAAGGCUCGGUGGUGAGGAUUCUUCAGCCAUGCGAGCAGCUAAAAGGGAACUGAACGACCGUCUGGCUAAGUGGUGUAUGCAAUUGCCCUCAGCUCUGGGUCAACCUGGGCACCCAUCUCAAUCGUCUCUUGCUACCCAGCUUCACUUGCACUACUACGCAGCUAUCAUUACAUUGAAUCGCAGACUUCCAGCGAGUAUACCCGAACCAGAUCCCGGAUAUGGGCCAGGCUUUUGGAUGAAACAGGCGUCAUGUCCGCUGAGCGCAGUUGCUGAUUUGCGCUCUCCAUGCGACGAUGGCCUGCCGACUGGAAACCACUUCGAGGGUCAAUGGCUAUCUCUGUGCCACUCUUCGGCACUCUCGAUCGUGUCGAUUUUGAAUCGCAUGGUGGACUCGGGCUGGAGCAAAAGUUGCUGGCCAAGUACUUUGACUUCCAUUCUGGCUGCAGCGACUGUAUUCAGCUCAGAAAUCCGGACAGCCACCAGCCCACUGCAAUCUCCUGGCAAUGAUGCCACUUCCGCUGGUACCUGGAGCGCGGACCGCGUAGAAUCUCGUCUAAGAGGUCAAAACUCGGGAUCGUCCUCUAAUCUGCUAAUGGCACUGGAGUCGUUCCACAAGCUGCAAGCUCUGGCGUCGUUGUCCAACGCGCUCAUUCCGUAUUGGUCUUCCGCGGACGGGUUGUGCCGUCUCCUUGAACUCAUCCUGGCAGAAUUGAAAGUACUCCUGAACACUGUGGCAAGCAUCUCGGUGGAUCUAGCAGACUGCAAUAGCAACGCUACACCAGAGCAUCAUCAGCCCAGAACAUCGUCGGAGAAUGGUACGAGAGAAAACAUCACCACCUUUUCUCAUGCAGCGGACGUGGCUGUCGAACCUCCGCGGUGGAAUCAAAGAUCUCCUGCCCUUUCUCAAGCGCAGUCAAACACACGACAAAGGCCUUGGACGGGCAACGUAACGCAACUGAGUGAAUCAACAAGAGCUUUGCGUGCGACACCAAACGCUUCCAUCACACCUGCAGACUACGGCGGAACGGGCGAUGCUGCUAGAACCCGAAGGCGCACUGGGCGUGGUUUCAGCCCUCAUCAUACCGGACUUCCUCCACAACAGGGAGACACCCUCUUAAAUGAAUUCAACGGCCUGAGACCUUCUGGGCAUGUCAAUAAUGGCAGUGGCUAUGACAAGGUCGGCGGAUCCUUGGAUACGGUGGCCCUCCACCAUAUGGACGAUGUAUCUGGUACCUCGAAUUCGCAUGCAGGCCACGGAGAUGCCCAUAUCAGUGACAUAUCUGGGAUUUGGGACGCUGAAUCUUAUCCUAGCAAUGCACCACUAGGACUUGCUCCAGGGAUGGAGAAAUCGGGCGUCAGGAAUUCAGCAGAAGAUUUUACUAUGUCUGAUUAUCCUGGCAGUCUCGGCGCUGAUGCUCCCGCCUACCUCCAUCGUCAGCACGGGUCUCAGCGACCGCAGGAACCACAAGUCUCGACGGAGCAGGUAGAUGGCUUUGCGGGGUUCCUGGAUCCUAUGAACCAUACAAGAAGCGAUUGGGAGGUUCAGGUUGAGCAUCUGUUGAGCUGCAUGAUCGAUCCAGAAGCUGUUCGGCUUUAA